AGCUGACAGUUUCCUGCUGAUGGCUGCUGUCCCCUCUGUUGCCUUCAGGAACGCGUUGACUUCACGUGCAAAGGAGAAGCUGCGGAAGUUUAGCCAGUUUCUUUCGCUUCCAUUGCAGGCUGGGUCUUGGUUGCAGAUAAACAAAACUGCCCCGGCUGGGAGGUGUGGCCACGAGCGGAGCCAACAUGGCGGCGUCAGGAUUCCGGUUUCUUACUUUUAGCUGUGAUUCAUUAGUGCAGCUAGUUUGCUAACUUAGCUGCCAGGGGGGAAAAAAAGAAAACACAAUAACAACGCGGAACUACGACAGAGCCGGGUGGACGGUUGAAUAUGGCAGAUCAUGAUCCGCAGCAGGGAGAGCAGGAUCUUGAGAAGAAAAUCGAGGAGACCAGGCAAAGAUUCAAUAGCGAGUUACUUCAAGACUCAACAGAUAAGUAUGACUCCAGGGACGUGGAGAGGCUUGAGCAGGACGAUGCUUUGGUGGAAGCCUACCUCACAUGGAGGCAGUAUGUGGUUGAUGAUGCCUUAAAGAUGAUAGAUGAUAGUCUGCUCUGGAGAAAAGAGUUAGGUGUAAAUGAUAUUACUGAGAGCACCAUUCCCAGGUGGAUGUUUGAGUCCGGUGCCGUCUACCUCCAUGGCUACGACAAAGAAGGCAACAAGCUCUUCUGGUUUAAGGUGAAGCUGCAUUUUAAAGAUGCAAAGACGGCUGUGGACAAGAAGAAGUACAUCGCCUUCUGGUUAGAGCGCUAUGCGAAGAAGGAACCGGGGAUGCCUCUCACUGUCGUGUUCGACAUGACAGACUCUGGCAUUGGCAAUAUUGACAUGGACUUUGUAAAGUAUGUCAUUAAUUGCUUCAAAGUGUACUAUCCAAAGUUUUUAUCCAAAAUGAUCAUUGUGGAUAUGCCUUGGAUCAUGAACGCUGCGUGGAAAAUUGUGAAGUCCUGGUUGGGUCCCGAAGCCAUCGCUAAGCUCAAGUUUGCUUCCAAAGCUGAGGUCCAGACGUUUAUAGGUCCAGAGUACCUUCCGUCUCACCUGGGUGGAACGGAUCCCUUCAAGUACACCUACCCCCCUCUGCCAGACGAUGACUUCCAAACACCGCUCUGUGAGAAUGGACCGAUUGUCAGCGAGGACGACGUGGAAAGCAAGGAGGGUGAGAUGGAGAGCAGAGAAACCCUGGAGUCCAGCUUCAACUCUGAGAUUGUGGCAAAGCCCAAAAAGGUGAAUUUUCUAGAAGAGAGCUUGAGGUCAGACGAUGGUGAAAGAGACACAAACGUGAGGGUGAAAGGAGUCAGGAAGCCACAGACCACUUUCAAAGGUCUUCUGUUAGAUGUCAGUCCUGCUGAGGAGCUGAGCUUUGGGUCUGCAGAGAACGAGAAGAAAUGCCUCAUUAUUCUGAGUAACGUCACCAAAAAUCAGGUGGCCUUUAAGGUUCGUACUACAGCACCUGAGAAGUACAGAGUAAAGCCCAGCAGCAGUAGCUGUGAACCAGGGGCCUCGGUGGACAUAGUGGUGUCCCUACAUGGAGGUUCUCAGGCCUCCCCUCAAGACAGAUUUUUGAUCAUGGCUGCUGAAAUGGAGAAUGUCGGAUCGCAGGAACUUACUCAGUUCUGGAAAGAAAUCCCAAAAAACAAGGUGAUGGAACACCGAUUGCGUUGUCAUGUUCUGGAUAGUGUUAAACCGGCAGCCAACCCUCGCAGGGACAGCUUGGGGGAGACGUCAACCAGUGGACAGCAGGAGUUGAACUCCGCACUUAUGCGAGUGAUGGCCUGCAACUCUAGGCUGGAGCAGAAAAUGAACUCCUGUCUGUGGAUGCAGAAGGUUCUGACUGGCUUGGUGCUAGUCCUCAUAGUGCUGAACCUGCAGUGUCUCUACCUGCUGGGUACAGCUCAGCGGCCGUCUUGACCUACUGCAGCGCCG